AUGUCUUCAAAGGGUGGAGGAUGGGCGCAGCUGCGUCAGCAGGCGCGUGCUCUGGAAACGCAGACUGAGACUCUAUUCCAUACAUAUUCCCAGUAUGCGUCCAUGAGCAACAUUCCCUUGAAGCCGACAGAAGAGGAGCAGAAAUGCGAGUCACAACUGCGCGAAAUUCUAGAAAAGAGGGAAGCGCUCGUUUCGCAGUUAGGCCGCUUGCUCGAUUCCGAGUCCGCACACUCCUCCUCAGCUGUGAAGCAGAAUAACCUUGCCCGACAUCGUGAAAUACUCCAGGAUCAUCGCCGCGAGCUGAGCAGGCUGAAGUCGACGAUUGAGGACGCUCGAAACAAAGCAAACCUCUUAUCGAAUGUCCGGUCAGACAUAAACGCAUACAGAUCCGGGAAUCCUGGCCAGGCCGAAGCGGAGUAUAUGCUGGAUGAACGCCGCCACAUAGACAACUCACACAACAUGGCAGACAGCGUGUUAAGCCAGGCAUACGCAGUGAACGAGAAUUUCAGAACGCAGCGUGAAACGCUCGCGAACAUACAAAGAAGAAUGGUCGGAGCCGCAAGCCAAGUGCCGGGAAUCAAUAGUCUCAUCGGCCGGAUAGGCUCGAAGAAACGCAGAGACGGUAUCAUUCUGGGUUGUUUUAUAGCAUUCUGCUUCCUGAUGCUUUUGUGGUUUCGUUGA